AUGCAGCUUCGACAAGCGACGUUUGUUCUACCAAAGACUGGUCAACGUUUAAGAGGGCUUGUCAAUCUCCGGAGCUCACAUAUUGCAACCAGCAAUGAUGAUGAGGAGCGACGAGGCCUUCUCUCGGGGGAGGUCUCCACGAACCGUCAAGACGUUCUAUCGCCAGUCUGGAGUCGAUUUUCGGAUGUAUGGCACUGGACGCGUGAUUUUGUCACCUCCGAGCCCGGAAUAGGGGUUUUGAAGUGCAGUCUGGCCUACCUACUCGGGUCUCUUGCUACUUUUAUUCCCGUGGUUGCGGCUUUCCUGGGCCAUCAAGAUGGCAAGCAUGUGGUGGCUACUGUCACAGUAUAUUUCCAUCCAGCGCGGACACAAGGCAGCAUGUAUAAGGCGCUGAUUUGCGCUCUCUUGGCCUUCCUAUAUGCAGCCUUCAUUUCUCUAACGAGCAUGUGUGUUAGCAUGUUCUUCCAGGAUACGCUGGGUAUGCGCGCGGUUGGCCAUGCCGUUGUCCUGACAGUGUUCUGCGGAGGUGGCUUGGGUUUCAUAGGAUGGACGAAGCAAAGAUUCGGCGAUCCGCUUGUGAAUGUAGCCUGUUCUCUUGCUUCGCUUGCGUCGAUCACCGUGUUGACCAAAGAAGGUGCGGUACAAAGCGGAGAUUUGUCCUUCACUAAGGUCGUCCAAGUCUUGAAGAUGGUCAUCAUGGGUGUCACCGCUACCAUGGCCGUGUCAUUCUCGAUAUUCCCAGUCUCCGCGCGGAAAAAGCUACGCUCGAACCUCGCUAUUGUGACGGAGACUCUGGCAAUCAUGCUGGUCCUCAUUACAGACAGCUUUCUGAGUGGCUCUGAGGAGGAACUCCAGACGACCGAGUUCCUCAAUGCAGCUGAGAGCCACAAAAAGGCAUAUGCCCAGCUCGAUAAGCUUGUCCGAGAGGCAAAGCUCGAGCACUACGUCGCGGGGACAGAGAAGGAAUACAGGCUAGAAAAGAACUUAGUCCGAUGGGUCCAAGAUAUCACACACAAUAUGGGGGGACUUCGCAGCGCUGCUUCGCUGCAAUUUCAACUUCUGAAGCAAGCGAAGCUGGCUGAACCACAAUCUUGCCGCGAUAGAAAGCAUGCGCCCAAUAGCACUGACCAUUUACCAUCACCAACUCAGUUACCCUCGCACGGGCACAAUACACUUCUCGAAUCAAUUGACGACAUACCUGAACAACGACUUGGAGGAGAAGAAGAGGCUGCAGCUGAAGAUGAUCAUCGAGACAGUGGAGACCACUCUGAUCCUAAUCCGGCCCGAGACGAAGGAUUUUCUGCCGAGCAUACCCUUCAACCCGAAGACUUGUUUGCGCUAUUCAUCAGUCACUUAGGGCCUUCCAUGCGGUCCCUUGCUUUCACUUUAAAAGAAAUUUUCAAAGAGAUCCCUUUUACGCCGGCGCCUGACUAUAAAGUCUCUGUCAACAGUAGGUUCCAUGUUAGUCUUGAUCGCGCGCUGGACCUUUAUCAAGAAUCGCGAGAGAAAGCUCUGAAGGUUAUCUAUAGGCAGAAGGAGCUUUUACAGAUCCAAACGCCGGAGGUAGAAGCGGAUCUCGAGGAAGUUUCUGCCAGCUGCGGUCAUUUCAGUUUCUCACUGCUAGAAUUUGGCGAACAGCUGAAAGACCUGCUGCGUAUCUUAGACGAACUACAACUCGAAGCAGAGGAGAGACCUAAUGGGAGAUCAUGGAGCUGGUUGAAAGUAUGGCGGUGGAGAACAGCUCAAACCCAGAACACGAAGCCGCUCGAUUCUGAACAACCGCUACUUGGGCCAACGGUAGGCGAAGGCGUGACUCCUGUGGCUUCUAUCAGUCCCUUUGGGCUGGAAGGUAGACAGACACCUCCAACAAAACGCCCGGAAAAACCGCCCGCGAAGGAGCGCCUCAGUUAUCGGAUCUGGAAAUCGCUUGGAGUUUUCCGACGUGAAGAUACAAAGUUCGCGAUCAAGGUCGGCACAGGAGCAGCCCUGUACGCUUUGCCGGCCUUCCUUGAACCCACACGGCCUUUUUAUUCUCACUGGAGAGGUGAGUGGGGCUUGUUAUCCUAUAUGUUGGUGUGUUCUAUGACAAUUGGGGCGUCCAAUACCACUGGAUAUUCUCGAUUCUUAGGUACAUGCCUAGGAGCGAUCUGUGCUAUCACGGCGUGGUACGUGACUGAUGGGAACGUGUUUGGACUGGCCAUUCUCGGUCUGGUCAUGGCAACUUGGACGUCUUAUAUAAUCGUUGUCAUGGGGAAAGGACCGAUGGGUCGAUUCAUUAUGCUCACCUACAAUCUUUCUGUACUGUACGCGUACUCUUUGACGCAAAGAGAGGGUAGUGACGACCAGGACGAGGGUGGAGACUCUCCCAUCAUCACCGACAUAACGCUCCAUCGAGUGGCAGCGGUUUUGUCUGGCUGCAUCUGGGGCAUCAUCAUUACGCGCGUCAUUUGGCCUAUUAGCGCGCGCAAGGAGCUUAAGAACGGCCUGAGUCUACUAUGGCUUCGUAUGAGCCUGAUCUGGAAGCGCUACCCGUUGUCCCUACUGGCGAAACGGGAAAGUUCUACAGGCUUUAUGACUCCAAGAGAGAAGCUGGAGAUUGAGCGGUUCCUGUCCCGUCUGGAAGCUCUUCAAGCUGCAGCUCGUGCAGAAUUCGAGCUGAAAGGUCCGUUUCCCGACGCUGCAUACAGCAAUAUACUCCGCCGUACAAGGAGCAUGGUGGACGCGUUCCACGCCAUGAAUCUAGAGAUGAUCAAAAAUGUACCGGUUUCGGAAGGCGAACUGGCUCUGCUCAGUUAUACAGCUCAGGAAAGAGAGCAUUUGUCUGCUCGCAUUAGCCACUUAUUAUCUGUCAUGGCGUCUUCUAUGAAACUGGAAUAUCCACUGAUGGAUGUACUUCCGAAUAUUGAGCAUGCAAGAGAUCGACUUCUUGCCCGUAUAUUUCACUAUCGCAAGCACCCCCAGGCUUCUCAGCUGACAACAGACGAAGAUUAUGCCUUGCUCUAUGCCUACAUUUUGGUGACAGGUCAAUUGUCAACCGAGAUUGUGGAAAUUAUGGAAGAGAUUGGUAGAUUAUUCGGUGUGCUCAAUGAGGAUGUAGUCAAGUUAGUUUACUAG